AUGAGAAUCUUGGGUGUUCAUUUUAGUAAUGGAUUAGUUAAUGUUGACGCUGAUAAUUGGAAAUCUAAGCUUGAUAAGUUAAAACAAUCGUUAGGUUUGUGGUCCCAGAGAGAUCUUUCCUUUAUAGGACGCGGCAUGAUCGUUAACUUUCUCGGGACAAGUAGGUUUUGGCAUGUUGCCAAGGUCCUCCUCCCCCGACUUGGGUUUGUGAUUAUUUUAAGCGGGCUGUGUGGCCCUUUGUUUGGAAAUCAAAGUCGGAAAUGGUUAGUCGUCAGCGAUGUUGUUUACCCGCCUCCUCUGGGGGCUUAA